GCACUGGAAUCUCCUAGCCGGUGGCGUCGCCGUCUUCUUCAUUGCUUCGCCAGGACAAUUUCCUCCACCAAACCGACGAGCACAAGUGAACACGAAUAGAGGAUGAAGAGCAGUUCCGUCGGCUCCCCUUCUUCCUCGCCGAUCAUCUGCGCGUCCUUCAACCAAGACAACAGCUUCUUUUCAGUUGGAACAAAAGAUGGGUUCAAAAUUUUUGAUGCCAGGUCAGGUAGAUUGUGCUAUGAAAGAGCUGUUGGUGCUUUCAACAUUGUUGAGAUGCUAUUUAGUACAAAUCUUCUUGCUAUUGUUGGGGCAGGAGAGCAGCCAUCACUAUCGCCUCGGCGACUUUGUCUUUUCAAUUUUCUGACUGGAUCUACACUCAGAGAGUUAAAUUAUUUGACAUCAGUCCUAGCUGUUCGUCUUAACAAAAAGAGGCUUAUUGUCAUCUUGCAGGAUAAAGCAUAUAUUUAUGACUUGAACAGCUUGGCUGUUUUGGAGACAAUAGAUACAGUACCAAACAACAAAGGACUCUGUGCAUUUUGCCCUGGUUCAGAAGGUUGUUAUUUGGCUCUUCCGGCAAGUACAAGUAAAGGAUCUGUCUUGAUUUACAACACAGUUGAGCUCCAAUCAGUCUGCCAGAUAGAUGCACACCGUUCACCAUUGGCUGGAAUAACAUUCUCCUCCACUGGUACAUAUUUGGCAACAGCUUCUGAACAAGGAACUAUCAUCAGAGUGCACCUCGUUUCGCAAGCUACUGAGUCAUAUAGUGUCCGCAGAGGAACAUAUCCAUCAACAAUCUAUUCCCUGUCAUUUGGGCCAUGCCUUGAAUUCCCUGAAUUUCUAGUUGCUACAAGCUCAUCUGGCUCCCUACAUACUUUCUCCUUGGGGCAGGCAAUAAAACAAAGAAGAAAACCAAGUGGAGUCAUUGGUUCCUUGAUCCCUGACACGUUGUCUGAUUCGUUUGACCAAACUUUUCAUCACAUUCUUCACAAUGCUGCCCCUACCGGUGUCAAAAGCCAUGUUAGGAUCUACAAUGUUGACAGUCUUACAUGUACCUCAGGAGCUUCUGGUUUUCGGGCAUCUAUUUUCAUCAUUUCUCACAAUGGUUACUUCAGAGAAUACACAUUAAAGAUCACUGAGUUGAACGAGUUCUCAUGGAGCUUAGAACGUGAAAUCAAUCUCUUAGACAAUAUUUUGAACGAGCCAUUCUAAAGCAGCCGCAGUAGCAAAUCUUCAUUGUUUUUCAUUGCUUAUUGUUCCCAUUGUGAUAUAUCUCUAUUCGGGAUCUCUGCAACUCGUCGAAAACAAGAGGAUCGUAGGCACAGUGCCAGUUGAUUGUAGAGCUUCCGAUAUUCCUUGGUUGAUUACAGAAGACUGAUAGAGAAGACUUUCUUGCUGAUCUAUUGAUUGAAACUAUAUCUAUACUUGAAUGCUUUUGAACUUGUUGCAGGAGUGAUGUGGGACAAAUGAUUUGCAUCUGGAUCAUUAGUCAAUGGAUGAUAUGAAUCUUUAUUGUCGCAAGAUCUAUAGAUGUGUAAUUUCUUCUCUGACGGGUGUAAUUAUACGAUCUUAUUAUAAAAUUUGGUGAUGUCUGGUGCCUAGCAUUCACCUUCAUUGUGAA